AUGCAUUCCUUUUUUUUUCCGUGCCAGGCAGCCGUCUUCAAGUUUAUCUGUAGCCCUGGAGCGAACCCUUCCUCCACCGCCGAGCCGUCCGAUGCUUCUCGUGUGGCAUCAACGGUGGCAGGCAAAGCCGUCGCCGCGGUGCUAGCUGCUAUUCAGGUGCUUGCGCCAGUGUCCGCCGCGUUCGUCCCCCUCCUGGCGCAGCCACCCCCCGCGGAAGCCAUCCUGCUCUCCCCGGACACCAAGGUUCCUCGCAAUGCUGACGUGGCGCUCCGCCGCGCCGUGCCAGUUGUCAACGAGGCGGAUGAGCUGGAGGAGAUCACAACGCUCAUGCGCAUCCCUCAGAAGAAGCCGUACAAGACAAUGGCGGCCAACGUGAAUAAGGCGCUCAAGCUGGCAGAGGCAAAUCAAGCAGCGAUUUUGGAUGCUGUGCCUGUUCCCGACAGGGAGAGGGCAGCAGCUAUUUACAACGACCUUGUCAGCUCCAAGAGCGGCUUCCCCGGCCUCCUGGCAGCGAUAGAGGACAAGGACCCUGACCGCGUCUCCAUCCGCCUCGCCUCCUCCCUCAACGAUGUCGCCAACCUCUCACUGCUGCAGGCCACGGGUCUUCAGUUCCUCAUCCCCUCCCAAUACGCUAAUCUCCCACGCCUAACAGGGCGGGCAACAAUAGAGUUCGCAGUACUCAAGGCGGACGGCUCAUACUUCUCCCUUGAUAACGGAGCCACCUCUGCCCUCACAGGCGUGAUGCAGGUGGUGCUGAUGUUACUCUCUGCUCCUCUUACAAGCCGAAAUUUGGCUCAGCUGGUGUCCCGCCGCGCAUAUGAUGGAGUGGCAGUGAAGGCUACCGACCUGGCAGUCUUAUCCCGACGCUCGAGAUCACUUCGCCGCCGGGACGUACCGCUUGAGAUCAUGCCAGCUGGCGAGUUCCAACCCAUCUACCGCACACCACUGGACGUGCAGGAUGGGGAGCUCCCAGUGCUGCCCAUGUCAGUGUUUGGUGCAAUGGUCAUGGCCCACUCUCCAGAGAGUGACUCCUUCAGCCAUCCCUCACAGUUCUUCCUCUACAAAUACGACAAGAGACGGUCUGGAUUGGGUGGACUUGCCUUUGACGAGGGCCAAUUCUCAGUUUUUCGGACUAGUAUUCGUCUUCGGAAAAUGAAGCUGAAGCAGCUCGAGUCGCUCUUAGGAGAUGUGCAGCAGUUCGACAAUCCCAAGAUCGAGUUGGAGCAGUACCCCACGGGGCCUCACAUCGCCUCACGGAUGCUCUAUGAGAUCCACACGCGCUUUGAUGACGUGGAGGGGCGAACAGUGCUGGACCUUGGCUGUGGAUGCGGCACCCUAGGGAUUGCCGCGGCCAUGCUGGGAGCAGAGUAUGUGGUAGGAGUGGAUGCGGAUGACUCAGCCAUUGCCACAGCACAGGCCAACUGUCAAGAAUACGAG